CGCUCCAUACAUACUCAAUUCCUCUCGUUACUCGCGAUGCCGCCCCAAGCCUGAUGCAUCACGGACGUCUCGAACGACUUUUGCGUCAUGGAUGCGUUCAUCCCGAGUCUUUGCGACGUUCAUGAUUUACUCGGCUUGCGUCGGUCUGCGUCAUUUGUCGGUUGGUCUGCGGUAUGCGCUAAACUUUGUUACGACACUGCGAUCUACUAGAGAAAGCGGUGGCGGGAUUGUGGUCGUUUGAAAGGUAUAUAAGGAGGACGAGGAUGACGGGGAAGAGAGCAUCAAAUCGCAACUCGUAUUUUCUACUGCUAGCUAGCUCAACCAACGCUUUCCUGCAAACCACACUCUCCCACCCAACCCACUACUUAUCCAUCAUCAUGUCUUCCAGUCGCGUCGCCGGUGGCCACAAGGCUAACCUCAACAACCCCAACACCUCCGAAGAGGCCAAAGAGCAUUCCCGCCAGGUCCUCGACGACCUCGACUCUUCCGGCUCCUACGAGGAGCAGCAGGACUCUAGCCCCCGCUCUGGCGGCGAUGGGAUGAAGAACGAGGGAAAUGUUAUUAGGGGGCAUAAGGCUAAUUUGAAGAACCCUAACACGAGUGAGGAGGCCAAGCAGCACUCACAGCAGAUCCUCGAGGAGCGGGACGCGCUCUAAAGUCUACAGAGAGAACCGUCUUUGGCAUUUUGUCUGCCUCAGUGAUGUUGAGAGCCAUCCAUGUCGGAUCUGUCGCAGAAGGUGAACUGAAAUGUAUUCGUGAAGAAGUCUUUGUAUAAAUC